AUGCUGGGAUAUUUCUCGCUCUUGUUUACAAGAUGGUAGAGGAGGAAAUUUCGCUCUUAUUCAACAACUAAGAGUAUUUACUCUCUAUACCGUCGUCAAACCUUAGCCUAGUAAAAGGACUGUUUGUUGAGUAUUUUAAGUUGACUGUAAUCGGGUGAAGCCGGAGUGUAGAGGUCUGAAUGUCGCUAAAACAGCAGCUGAGUCUCUGACUGAAGAUAUUUUUUUUGCACUGUCACUGACAGGCUGACAGACACCCUGUAAAAAUCACAGAGGACUGUAAACUGGGCCUGCAGGAGGGUACCUGAAUCCAGCCGAAUGAACAGAGCGGCUGCAAAGCAUCUAAUUGAGCGCUACUUUCGGCAGUUAACUGAAGGCUGUGGAAAUGGCGCCUGCACGAAUGAGUUUUGCGCAUCAUGCAGUGAUUUUCAACCUUUGGAUAACAAUGCAGCAGCAGCCAAAGCGCUCGAGCUGUUUAAGAUUAAUGCCAAACUCUGCACUCCUCACCCCUCCAAGAAAGACUCCGGUGCAAACGACAAGGACAGAAAGAUGAGCGAUGUGGACAUCUGUCCCACCAAGGAGGACUUCUCAGAUGUUCAUUACCUCACAGAAAACACAGUAUGCAUGCUGCUGAGUUCCUGUGAGGAGGCAGGGGACUACUCUGCUCUUGUGCGCGUCAUUGGCAGAGUUUUCUCCAAUACAGAAUCUUUAAUGAAGAGUUUCAGGAAGGAUGAGCCAAAUUCUGAAGAAAACUCUUUAGAACCAACAGAUUUAGACAAGGAGAGCCAAAGUGAACAAAACCCAGAGAGUCUGGGUGCAGCUGCUUUACCAGAAGAGAGUCAUCAUAAUACAGACAACCCUCUUGAAGUUAGCGUGGACAUCGAAGCCGUUCGGAGGGUCUACGACAAACUUCUGACCGUCGACCAGGUGGAAGCAGCUCUUGUAAAUGCCAUCAUUUACCUCACUCCAAACAUGGAACUGGACCUGGAAUAUCUUGAUGUGUAUGAAACAAACCCAGAUUACCUGAAUAUCUUUAUUAUAGUGAUGGAGAAUACUAAUCUCCACAGCCCAGAGUACCUUGAAGUUGCAUUGCCACAGUUCUGCAAAGCCAUGAGCAAACUACCAGUGAAGGCGCUUGCAAGGUUGUCAAAGCUGUGGUCCACAUAUGAACUCCCACACAUCCGCCGUAUGAUGGAGACCUUCCAGCAGCUCAUCACAUUCACAGUCGUCAGUAAUGAAUACGAUGGGGAAAACCUGGUAAACGAUGAUGAGACAGUGGUGGCAGCGACACAGUGUUUAAAAAUUGUCUUCUACGCAAGUAUCCAAGGUGGAGAUGUGGACGUAGAGCACAACGAGGAGGAGGAGGAAGAAUCAGAGUCUGAUGAACUCACCCUGCAUGAGCUGCUCGGUGAGGAGCGGCUCUACAGGAAGGGUCCGAGAGUGGAUCCUCUGGAGAAAGAACUGGGUGUCAGAGCUUUGGAUAGCGUAAAUCCCCUCAUCUCCUUUGACGAUUUUAUCAACGAGUCUCUAAAUGAGGUGGUGGAGAUGGACAAGGAUUUCACUUUCUUUAAGAUCAAUGCAGAAUCCAAGUUUUCUUUCCAAACCUGCCCCUUCAUCCUCAGCGUUAUCACCAAGAGCCAAGGACUGUACUAUGAUAACCGGAUCAGGAUGUACAGCGAGCGACGCCUCACUGCUCUCUACAGCAUGGUCCAGGGUCAACAGCCAAACCCAUAUCUAAAGCUGAAAGUACGCAGAGAUCACAUCAUCGACGACGCCCUCGUCAGAUUAGAGAUGAUCUCCAUGGAGAACCCCUCUGACUUGAAGAAGCAGCUCUUUGUUGAGUUUGAAGGAGAACAAGGAGUGGAUGAGGGCGGUGUUUCAAAGGAGUUUUUCCAGCUGGUCUUAGAGGAAAUUUUUAAUCCCGACAUUGGAAUGUUUACCUACGAUGAUGAGACUAAACUGUUUUGGUUUAACUCAUCCUCUCUGGAGAAUGAAGCUCAGUACACCCUCGUUGGACUCGUUCUCGGUCUGGCCAUUUACAACAACUGCAUCCUGGAUGUUCAUUUCCCCAUGGUGGUCUACAGAAAACUCAUGGGCAAGAAAGGGACCGCCUCGGACCUGUCGGACUCACAUCCAGCUCUCUACCAAAGCCUGAAGAGUCUUCUUGAAUAUACCGGUAACGUUAAAGAAGACAUGAUGCUCACCUUCCAGAUCUCACACACAGACCUGUUUGGAAAUCCGGUUUUAUACGACUUAAAGGAGCAGGGAGAGCAGAUCCCUGUCACCAAGGAGAACAGACAGGAAUUUGUGGACCUUUAUGCUGAGUACAUGCUGAAUAAGAGCGUGGAGACACAAUUCAAAGCCUUUAAGAAAGGUUUCCUCAUGGUCACAAAUGAGUCCCCGCUGAAGUACUUGUUCAGACCGGAGGAAGUAGAGCUGCUUAUCUGUGGAAGCAGGAAACUCGACUUUGAAGCACUCGAGAAGUCAACAGAAUACGAUGGGGGAUACAGCAAAGACAGUCAAAUAAUCAAAGAUUUCUGGGAGACAAUUCACUCGUUUGGAGAGGAGCAGAAGAGGCUGUUCCUUCAGUUCACCACCGGCACAGACAGAGCGCCGGUUGGUGGGCUAGGAAAAUUAAAAAUGAUCAUUGCCAAAAACGGCUCAGACACAGACAGGCUGCCAACUUCUCAUACCUGCUUCAAUGCACUGCUGCUCCCUGAAUACUCCUCCAAGGAGAAACUGAGAGAAAGACUCCUCAAGGCCAUCACUUAUGCCAAAGGAUUUGGGAUGCUGUGACAGAUUGUUAGAGAAAAGCUCUGACUUUAAAGAAAUCAAAGGGAGAUGCCAUGAAAUAAUGCUGCAAUAACUCCGUGCCUAACAAACCUCAUACUCCACAGUCGGCCUCUCACUCCGAGGCCUUACAUCCUUUGAGAGGAAGUUUUAAACACAGAAUUUAGGUUUUCCAAAGAGUUUAACCAGGCACUUAAAGGGUUACCUUGGUAUUUUUAAUCCAGGGCCAUAUUUAAAAAAUAUAUUUUAAGACAGAGCCAGCUUCCCCAAAAGGACUGUAACAACUGUAGCAAAAUAUUUGAGGACAUGCUCCUGAUCAAUAAAUCAGUCUUUAUUUGUGUAGCAUCAGUUCACAACUAAAGUAAUUUCAAGACACUUCGCGAAGAGGGCAGGUCUAGAUUGUACUCUUUGAUAUAUUAUAUACAGUAAAUAAAGACCCAAUGCAAAUCACCAUGAGCUCAGCGCUAGCAACCUCCAAGUCAUAAAAGUGGUGAGGAAAGCUUUCCCUUCCUGAUCAAAGCCCAAUAAAAGUGCAUUUUUUGCUUCUGAUCUAUACAGAUUUUUAUACUACAUGAACAUUUUCUCACUACAAUUAAAAACUUUUUAGAAUAGGAAAUACAGAAUGAUUUUCUUCAAAAAGAGGAAAACGCCCCCAACAUUGUCAAUAAAGAACAUUUUCUUUGCUUUCAUCAAAGCCACCAGACUCCUAUAAAAAACUAAAUUUACCCUUGUUUACACCAAAGGUGCUCAUCUACCGCUGCCUUUAAUUAAUUGUUUUUUUUUUAAUGCAUAUGUAUAUUAUAUAAAUAUCCUUGAGGCAACUUUAUCUUAAAUUAUAUCUGAAGAUAAAGUCCCCUCAAGGAUAUUUAUGGGGCAAGAGGUGAAGGAAAAAUGAUGCACUUUGAGAUUAAAGAAUUAGGUUGAAAUACAGUUUCAAGAUUAAAGUUGAAAUUUAGAGAAAAAAGUGAAAAUUUUAGGAAUAAAGUCAAAGCUGUGACAAUUCUGCUCGUGCCUGCUCAGCUGUCUUUGUUGUUCCCUCACAUUUCACAUUUCUGAUCCUAAAUUUUCAACAUUUAAUAAUUAGGAUCUCAACUUGGAGUGCCUCUUGUUGUCUUUGAGCAGAUCAGAGAGGGAAAGAUCCUUCUUAACACACCUGACACCACAGGAAAAUCUGUCAAGAUAAUCUUUAGAACCAUCAGAUAAUCUAAACUUUGCUAACUGGUCAGAAGAAAGGAUUCUGACCCAAAAUCAGCAAGAUUAUCUUGCUUGUGUGCUAGGCUUAACCAAAAAGUGACACCACGCAUACAUUGUCUAAAACUUUAUAAAGUGUGUGUGUAGACCCCCCAAAAAUAAAUGUCCAGGUUUAAAAAAUACCAGAUAACCCUUUAGAUCUCUUUUUCCUUUUGUGUUUUGUUCGAGGAAUAUUUGAUUUGUGAAACUGUGAAAGUGCACUUAUACACAUGAUUUUAGUGAAUGUCAGCACAUACAGUGUAUUUAUUGACUUGCUUUUCUCAUGUUUGUUCUUCUUUUUGGCGUAGCAGUAUUUAAUCGACUGUCUCUCCCCCCACAGCUGAAUGAUCUGAUUCAUGGUGCUCCUGGUUAUGAUUGUCACCAGAGAAAAAAGAGCUUAAGCUUUUUAUAGUACUGCUAGCCCAAACAGCCCCCCAGACGAGCCUUCUCAAAGUAUUUUCUAUCAGUCUAAGAACAAAGAGAAAACUCAUCACUCACCUGAGGGUUAUUUUUGAAGUGUUUCUGUGUUGUGCCUCUUGUUUUACUUAUUAAAAGAAUACUGUGUGUUGUGAAAAGAACCAGACCACAUUGAGCGGUUUCCAUAGCUUGAAGGUUUUCAGAAUGUGCUGUACUUAACUGACUGGUCGGUUCAGACUUUCACAUCCUGAAAGAAGGGUUUUUCCUCCUUUGGUUUGUUGCUAUUAAGUGUUUUCUCUUAGCAUAUUUGUAAGUGAAGUUGCCAAAUGUGCAAUGCCUGCCUAAGGGAAAGAGUCACAUGAAGGGUUUUAUUUGGCCAAAUAUCUCAGGUACAUAAAGAAUGUGCAGAAAAUGUGAAACUCUUAUGUAAAGCAACAAUUAUGCAAAGCAAAUAAAGGUGAAAAAAUAUCAAA